AUGGCCUCAUUCCAGUUUCUCGAGCAACGCGAUGAGGAAGAACUCCACAAGACCCGCCUCCUGAACGUAGAAACGAAACCCUUCAACCGCGUCGCCAAACGCCUCCUCACACCUGGCUCCCUCCUCACAACACCCAGCAAACUUCCCACUCCUCCACCUGACAACGCGGAUGAAGCAGCCGCUAUACAAGAUGCCGAACAUCAAAAGCAACUUGAAGACAGACGCCAAUUCCGCGAAGACAUCCUCCUCGAUUUCGCAGCCUUCGACAGCAGCAUCGCGCGCAUCCAGUUCCUACGAAACAGCAACGAGCGCGAACGCGAACGAUACAAAGCAGACAAGCAACGUAUCCUAGAAACUGCUCAAGAUGUCAAAGAUAACACUGCGCUGCUAAGGAUCCAGCUUGAGGAUUCGAAGAAGACUUUAGAGCAGAGGAAGAAGUUCGACGAGUUGACGGAGAAGAUCUAUGCGAAUAAGAUGCUGAGACCGAGAGAGGACCAGGAGGCUCAGCUGCAGAAGUUGGAGGAGGACUGUAGGGAGCUGGAGAGGGAGAGUCAGGCGUAUGGGGAGACGUGGAAGGAGAGGAGGGAGCAGUUUGGGAGAAUUGUGGAAGAGGGGAUGCAGCUGAGGAGGUUGAUUAGGGAUGAGAAGGAGGAGGUGGAGCGGAGGGAGGGUAUGGAUGGUGGGGAUGAGGAUGGGGAGGUAGGUGAGGGGAGCAGAGGGGGUCAGACGCCGAAGCAUAGUAGUAUGAGCGGUAAUGCGACACCGGGACCUGAUGGACCUUCGCAAAAUAGUCCAGAGAGGGGAUUGAAGCCUAGACCGCAGGUUUCGGGUACUUUGUCUCGGCCAGGGAGCAGAGCCACGAGUCGAGCACCUUCACCUGAUGUCUCAGAACGACGCAGAGAGGAAGCUGCGGAAGAUUCUAGCAUGGAGGUGGAUGCGAAUACUGCGGGAGACACACCAAUGGCAGAAGUCACCGAGUCUCAAAUAGAAGGAGAGACUCCAAGGGUCACAAUUGAGGAGCCUGCUGAGGAUCAAGUAGCUCUCAUUGAAGGGGGCGAGCCUAUAGUGGAGGAAAAAAUGGACACCACAUAG